AUGGGGAAGAUUGAUGGAUUUAGGCAAGCGAAAAAUGUCCCUUUCUCUGACUUUUUUCAAGUGGAACCUCUUCAAUCUUACCACAGAGUUAUUUCAGCAGAAGAUUUUAUGAAACAUUUAGCCUCCACUUACUGGCCCAAAGGAAAAAGGCGUGGCUACUGCUGGCUACCUCCUAGCUCCAAAGUAAAGUGUGUUAUGAAUGAAGGAAAUCCUUUCAAACCCUUUUGGGAUGGACUGGAGGUGGACUUUGAUGAGAAAAUUGUCUACCAUCUUGGAGUUCAUGUGUGGGACCCUUAUGAGAGAGAUCAGUGGCAAAGAGAAUUUCCACCAUCAAGUCACCCUGUUCUUGCAUUCAGGGGAGCUCCUGCCAGUUACCCAGUAGAAGAACAGAAUCGUCAUGCACAUGCUUUUCUAAAGUGGUCCGACAAGAUAAACCAUGAGGUGGAUGAGUAUAUUCAAAACACUUUGCCCAAAGGGCCAUUUGUUGGAAUUCAUCUACGCAACGGAAUUGAUUGGAAAAAUGCUUGUGAGCAUGCACCAGGCAUGCCUCAAUACAUGGCAUCACCGCAGUGUCUGGGGUAUACCCGCUACAGAACUGUCACUAAGGAUCUUUGUUUCCCUCCCAAACAAGACAUUCUCAACCGCACUGAGCAAGCUGUGAGGACAUAUGGUGCCAGGGCCGUGUUUGUGGCCACUGAUAAUGAUCCAAUGAUUGAUCAUUUGAAUUUCAGACUUAAAGGGCUGGAUGUAAAAGUUUUCCAUCUCAACCCAUCGCUGCCGCAGAUAGACCUUGCCAUUUUAGGCAGAGCUGACUUUUUCAUCGGCAACUGCGUGUCAUCGUUUUCCUCAUUUGUCAAACGUGAAAGAGAUUUUAGUGGAAAGCCUUCUUCGUUCUGGGCUUUUGAUGAAAAUCAACAUCAGUAACUACAGCCGUUGGUUACCUUUUUGGAAUACAAUCAAUCUCGAGCAUAGGCACCAAUAAGAUGGGUAUUCGGAUUUUCCCGGGACCUUUAUUCCGAAACUCAGAAAGGACCUAAAACGAAGACAACUUGCGUAGAGGCUGUUAACGUCCCUGUAACACUUUAGUGGGCCCUCUGUAUAACGGUUAUGGUGCUGCAGAAUGGAAUAACGGGCCAGAAAAACGAUGCUGAACGUGUAGCACGUUUUUGAGCCUGUAGCGCGAUAACAGGCGUUUAGUUAUCUAGUUCAGAAAAAAAUACUUAAAUUUAUUAUGCAUAACAGUGCUAUUACAAACAAUUCUCGUGUCCCGCAGCUCAAUACUCCACUUGAAGACUUGAAAACCAUUUUCCAAUCAAAAUUCACGUCAAAAUAUAUCUUGUCAAUGGCAUUUUAUUGGCAUGUAUCACUAUUUUUCCUCGCAAUGACAACCAUCUCAAAGAUGGUCAGUUCUGUCUGAACAGAGCUGAAAUUGCUUUCGUGUACUGCUAUACAUACAAUAGAACUUCCACUUAUACUUCACUCUGAAAGCGCCAAGCUGUGAAGUUUCUACAUGUUUCCGAAUUACAAUUGCGUUGAUCAAAACGAGUGGAUUUGAAAUUUGAUAAAAAAAAAUAUCUCCAGUUGUCCUUUGAAAGGGGGCAACUGUUUCAACUCUAGGGGCGGAUCUAGAGGGAUGGUGCAGGGGGUACGCUGGGGUACUGGGUGAAGCCUGGUUGAAGCCUUCUUCUUCGUAUUCGCUUUUAAAAUUUGUUUACCUCACCAGUCAGUAACGUCAUUCCUUAGUGGUGCACCCCUCUUAAGAAAAAUCCUGGAUUCGCCCUUGAGCUCAAAAUCAGUCCGAGCAGACUUUCACAGCCUUUAGCCAAGAUUUUCUUGCCUAUGGAAAACGCAAAAAGAAAUUGUCACAGAACUUCAGUUUUAUUGCAAAAAAAGUAUAAUUUUCCAAGCGUUUUUUGUUAAGUGAUAUUCAUGAAAGACUGCAAGAAUAGAAACAGAUUACAAGGCACUCUCCUCGGCGUUUCUGGGCUUCAGCUAUAGCGUGCAAAACGAGUUCUUCGCGUUCAGGCACCGAUAUGUUGAUAAAGGAAAAAGUCCACUUUGCCCUCUCCUAUUGUUUAUUUACAAUGUCCCCAUUUAGCACAACAGUGCUAAAUGGCCUCCCUGAACUCUCCCCACCAUAUAUGCUCAUAUAGUACAUGGUGUAAGUAAAAUCCAAAGCCACGAAAUAAAACCGUCGGAACUGCUGAAAACAAGCAAAUCACCGACAUCGCAAUCUCACCAGUGCACCAUUUCCAAUAGACUACUUUCGAUAUAUUAAAAUUCAGCUUGGCAGCGAGGCCUAGAGGACUUAAACAAAGAAAAUUGAAUGACCAUGUUUAUUCAUUUCUUUUGUUUGUGUCCUCCAGGUCUCCCUAUCAAGCUGAAGUCGAAAGUGGCCCAUGCCCUGUGCCUCUUUGCUGGCCGCGGUGAGUUGAGGCGAGGAAUGCGUCAGAAAAGCAUUCUGGGUUAGUUGAAGCACAUGGAAAGCAGCGGCCGUUGUCAAUGUUGAAGCUCCGAGAAGGGCAAAAUGCAGAAGAUGACCACAAUGAAAAAGGGCAGGGACCCACCACUGAAAUUAACAUCCAAUUGUGGGCAUCUUUCAUAUCCUUGAGAUGGAGUCAAACUACUGACAAUAAAUAUUUAAAUCCCCUGUAGAGGGCUUCACAUCUCUUGUAAAAUGAGGGGAAGAAAGUGGAUUGGUAAAAGAUAGGUGGAAGAUCAAUUCACAAGUCUCAUGGCAAAAUGAAUAUUGAACUGCUCAGUGGCUUUGGAAACCAUUUUACAUGCAAAAAGGGUAAGUAGUGCAGCUACAACUUCAUGUUUUUAUUCAGAUUUUCAUGUGUGGCAAAGACAAAGGAAAGCUGAUGUGAUCUCUUGUUUUUACAUCUUAGACAAUUUUGAUGUUAAGUUUGAAAGUAACAACCCUUAAAAGGAGCAAAUGUUUGAAAGUGGCCCCUAAAUUGUAUUUGUUAACAAAUUCCUAACCCUAGCAACCCUCUGAAAGUACCAAAUUACCUCAAAA